CGACAAAUGGGGAGUGGAAGACCGGACAAAACAGUCAACCCUCCAGCAUUAAACCCUCCCGAACCACCACAACAAAACCCUCCCAUUGAAAAACACCAUCAGUCGCGCAGGCACUCAGAACACCACCAUCAAUGAUCGUGGUGAUCAUCGUGAUGGCCCCGGCUCAGCCACCGGUCAACGACUUUCAGUCGUGGGCCCCAUCUCCAACACCCUUCACCUCCAUCACUCCCACUGUCGGAUUCGUCAACCCCUCAUCCCCACCGUCCAAGCUGCCGGUCCAGUUCAGCCCGCCGUUGAUCGCAAUGGUCGUGGUGGUGGUCGCCGCGUUCCUCCUCGUGACCUACUCUCGCCUCAUCUCUCGCCACGUCAUCCCGCCGAUCCUCCGGCAGUGGAAAAGGUGGCGCCGCCGACGUCGCGCCCGGUCCUACCUGCCGUCCUCGUCCGGCGACCUGGACUCGCUCCCCUACGAUUCGCCCUUCUUCGACCCAAGCGACGGCUUCCACGUUUACUCCCCGUACGGCCUCGACGAGUCCGUCAUCAAGACCAUCCCUCUCUCACUCUACACCGCCAAGUCCAACAGAGACCGUCGCGACUGCGCCGUGUGCCUUUGGGAAUUCGAAGACGGAGACUACGUUCGUGCGCUCCCGGUCUGUUCCCACGCGUUCCACGUGGACUGCAUCGAUGUCUGGCUCAGGUCCCAUGCCAACUGCCCCCUCUGUCGAGCCGAAAUAUUCUGUUCGGAGUCUCCGUUCAUUCCGGUGAUGGCGUCCAGGAUCAGGCCGAGCCUCGACGACACGCUCCUACGUAGCUUUGCUCUCGAGCCGCUUACGGAAGCCUCGCCGGAGCCUCACAGAUCAUUCUCAGAGAUCACUCCGUGCAUCGAAGAAUUACAAUCGCCGAUGAGGAACAACAACAUCUCGGAGGAUAGAUUCAACGGCCGGGAUUUCUUGUUGAAGCGGUCGUACUCGUUCGGAUUCGAGCGGAGUUUGGCAUCGGAGAGGAUGGUGCUGGAGCCGGCAACGGCAUCGCCCUGGCGGUACCGGAGAGGAAGCUUCUGGAGCAAAAGGCCGUCGCCGUUUGGAUCGUUGGGUAAGCCAAGGGUUUUCUCCUUCAGGUACUACAGAGGAAUGAAGUCGCCGUUCUUUCGACGGAGGGGGUUCUUUCCGCUGUCAGAGUCGAGCGUGAGGUUCGGCGGCUCAGGAGGGGGCGGGUCGCCGAGGAGGACCAAGUCGUUGACGAGCCCGAUGUUCAUGAGAUCGUCAGCUUUGGCGGCGGGGGGAGUGGCGGCUUUCUCGUCAAGCCGGCUCAAGUGUGGGGAUCCCGAGGCGCUGCUGUCACCGGAGAGGUUUAGCAGGAGGUAGUUAGAGCAGAGAGAGAUUGGACACGUGGAGGGAGGGGAUCGAGUGAUCGUCGGAGAGAGGGGCGGUGACGGUGGGAAAAAAAAAAUGCGGGUGAUGGGGUCGGGGUGGUAUUAAUGGGUGGGGAUCGCAUGCGAGGGUGAUUAAUGAGACGGCCUG